UACCUCCGACGUCCGCGGAGGAGCAGCCAGAGUCCAACCCGCAGAUCGCAGCGGCGCUCUGGGCCUGCGACACCGAGGAACCAACAUGGUCUCACCCCUGGCUCUGCUGGCGCUGCUGGCGCUGUCCUGGGCGACCCGGGGAGCCGGAACUGGGACUGUCGUGGUCCAGGCCCCUGCUCAGGUGAGCGGCCUCCUGAACGGCUCUCUGUUACUGCCCUGCCACCUGCAGCCUCUGGAGCCCAAUGCGCAGGUGACCCAGGUGACAUGGAUGCGACAAGACUCUGAAGGAGGCCUCCACAAAGUGGCGGUCCGCCACCCGACGAGGGGCCCCAGCCUGGCGGAGCCGGAGCGGAUCAGGUUCGCGAGCGCGGAUCUGCUGGACGCCUCGCUCAGGGUGUCCGAGCUGCGCGCCGAGGACCAGGCCAACUACUCCUGCCAGUUCGCCACCUUCCCCAUGGGCAGCGGGACCGCGUGGACCUGGCUCCGAGUGCUCGCCAAGCCCCAGAACACAGCAGAGGCCCAGGAGGUCCCGCUGAGGCCAUCCACCGGGGAGCCUGUGCCCGUGGCCCGCUGCAGCUCCAAAGGGGGGCGUCCAUCCGCCAACGUCACCUGGUCCCCAUUCCUGAAUGGCUCAGCCAAGAACACCGUGGAGCCAGGACCCCUCCCGGGCACGUACACCGUCCUCAGCGUCUUCACACUGGUGCCCUCCCGCCUGGCAGAUGGCGGGAACAUCACCUGCAGGGUGGAGCACGAGAGCCAGGAGGAGCCUGACCUGCUGCCGGUGACCCUCGCUGUGCCCUACCCCCCUGAGGUCACCAUCUCUGGCUAUGACAACAACUGGUACGUGGGCCAAGAUAAGGGCACCCUGAGCUGUGAGGCACGCAGCAACCCAGAGCCCACAGACUACGCCUGGGACACGACCACAGGUCCCCUGCCAUCCUUUGCUGUGGCCCAGGGCACCCAGCUCCUGAUCUCCACCAACCAAGUGAUCAACAUGACCUUCGUCUGCCGCGUCACCAACGCCCUGGGGACAAGUCAGAAGGAACAGACCAUCCUAGUCCAAGACCGAAAGGGGUCUCCCCUGAGCCCCAGCGCCAUCAUCGGCAUCGUUGUCGCCCUCUUCAUCCUCUUCGUCCCAUGGAUCGUUUAUUUCAUACUGCACAGGUGCCGUGAUCGCAACCGCGACCCACCCAGACCUUCAGAGAACGGGGACGUGUCCUACUCCCAGGUUCAGAGGGACGACCCCCUGGAUGGGCCAGCCGAAAGCACAAGGUGACAGUGUCAGCACUGAACAGAGGGACAGAACUGCUUAGGCCGGAGCCUCGCUGACAGGACCCCACCCGAUGGUGGAAGACCCCUGCAGCCGGCCAGGCCGCCCGCGCACACCUGCAGCCUGUCCCCUCACGGUGCAGUGGGCGGCUGCCUCUUUCUGGGCUCCGUCACUUGCAAGAAGAAUCCACAGGCCUCCAAGAAACCGCUCGCCUCACUCAGGAGAGCGCCAGCUCACGACGACAGGUCACCAUCAGCCAAGAGGACAGCACCCAGCAGGUCUGGGGGAGCCAGCAGGGGCUCCUCCUCCUGCCUCUCCCGGGACUCCCGGGGUCAGCACUGAAUGCCCCCAGCACCGAUGUGACCUGUGGCCAGGGAAGCUCACCAGCGACCGGAGGGUCCCGACUUUUGUUUGUUUUUAUUGUGGUGAUUGUUGUUUUGAACUGGGAUUGGACCCAGGGACACUUAAGCACUGAGCCACGUCCUUUUUUAUAUUUUAUUGAGAGACAGGGCCUCGCUGAGUUGCUGAAGGCUAAGUUGCUGAGGCUGGCUUUGAACUCGGGAUCCUCCUGCCUCAGCCUCCUGAGCCAUUGGGUUUACAGGAGGGCGCCACCGCGUGUCCUGGCUUUUUAUUGGCAAGGUCAGACCCUGUGCCCAGCAGCUAUGCCGCCCUGGGACGCAGAGGCGCUCGGCAGGCCGCACUGACGCUGCUGAACUUAUCAUCAUUUUUGACUUCUGUAGAUGGACACCUGCCUCCAUCUUACUGGCUCCUUAUCAUUUAUACUUGGUGCUGAGUAUGGAACCCGGUGCUCACACACCAAGAGACUUGGGACUUUUAAAGUUGACUGUGAAAGGCCUGCGGAGGCGGGGGUGUGGCUCAGGGCUAGGGGACAGGAGUGAGGGACCAGGCCGAGGUCCACACUGCUGGAGAGUCGAGGGAAGGAUUGAUUUCCAUAUAUUUAUUUAUUUAAGUAAAAUUUAUUUAAUAAAUAAAUAAAAUUUAUUUAAAUAAACCCUUAGUUUAUUUAA